UUGUGAGCCCUGAACCCAGACCAGUUCUCUGCAGAAGGGGACCAUCUGCCUCACCCUGCGUCUCCUCCCUCUGAGCUGCAGGAAGCCUCCCCUGCCUCCAUGCGGCCAGGCCUGUUCACGCUCUUCCUGCUUCACUCCUGCCUCCAUGGAGGACAGGGCGACCUCCGCGAGGACCUGACCUUGCUGAAGACCGAGCUAGCACUUCGCCUCUACAAGGACACGGCAGCCCCUAGAAAUGGAACCAACAUCGUCAUCUCUCCUGCUGGCGUGUCGCUCCCUCUGGAGAUCCUGCAGUUUGGAGCCCAAGGGGACACUGGCCGGCAGCUGUCACAGGCGCUGGGUUAUGCUGUCCACGACCAAAGGGUGAAAGAGUUCUUGCGCACUGUUUAUGCCACACUACCCAACUCCGGUCAAGGCACCAAGAUGGAGCUGGCCUGCACCCUUUUUGUGCAAGCAGGGACACCACUCUCCCCCUGCUUUGUGGACCACAUCUCCCGGUGGGCCAACAGCAGCGUAGAGCCAGCCCACCUCAGUGAACCGAACGGCACCGGCAGCCAGGCCAAUGAAUGGACCUCCAGGAAGAUCAAAGCAAUGGCUAGUUACAAACACCACAGUUCCCCAACUAAUAACACCAACAAGCAGGCUACAAGCCCAACCUCGGGGAUGCCCCGGAACCCACCUGGACAGGUGCUGAGAGACAGGUGCACCAGUCUCAGCAACACAGUUGCUCUCCGGCUUGCAGGUGACGACACAGGUGGCCCUACGUGGGAGCACGGCAGCGGUGGCGGCAGGGCAUUUGCUCAGUUGGCACUAGUGAGCACCAUGUCCUUCCAAAGCACUUGGCGGCAGAGGUUCUCCUCCACGGACACUCAGCUCCUGCCUUUCACCGGCACCCAGGGCCUCGUCCUCCAGGUCCCCAUGAUGUACCAAAUGGCUGAGGUCAACUACGGCCAGUUCCAGGACCGUGCAGGCCAUCAGGUGAGGGUGCUAGAGUUGCCUUACCUGGGAAGUUCAGUGAGUCUGCUCCUGGUUCUGCCACAUGACAAAGACACCCCACUGAGCCUCAUUGAGCCGCACCUCACAGCCAGCAUUCUCCACAUCUGGACCUCGAGCCUCAGGAGAGCCAGAAUGGACGUGUUCCUGCCCAGAUUCAGGAUCCAAAAUCAUUUCAAUUUAAAAAGCAUUUUAAAUUCUUGGGGAGUCACCGAUCUUUUUGAUCCACUCAAAGCUAACUUGAAAGGAAUUUCAGGCCAAGAUGGCUUUUAUGUUUCUGAAGCAAUCCACAAAGCCAAGAUUGAGGUUUCAGAGGAAGGCACCAAGGCAUCUACAGCCACAGCUCUGUUGUUACUGAAAAGGUCUCGGAUUCCUUUUUUUAAAGCAGAUCGGCCAUUCUUCUUUUUCCUGAGAGAACCUGACACAGGAUUUGUCUUCAGCAUUGGGAGAGUUUCAAAUCCCCUAGACUAA